AUGGAACACAACAAUAAAACGUCUGGGGGAGAUUUUAUUUUGCUUGGAUUCUCAGACCAGCCCCAAUUGGAAGUCCUCCUUUUUGUGGUAGUUUUGAUAUCCUACCUUCUGACCCUCAUGGGCAACACAACCAUCAUCCUGGUCUCCUGUCUGGACUCCAAACUCCACACACCGAUGUAUUUCUUCCUCACAAAUCUCUCCUUUCUUGACCUUUGCUUCACUACCAGCAUUGUCCCCCAGCUAUUGUGGAACCUGAAGGGACCAACCAAGACCAUUACACUGACUGGCUGUGCCAUACAACUGUAUGUUUCCCUCUCAUUGGGUUCUACAGAAUGUGUUCUCCUUACGAUCAUGGCAUUUGACCGCUAUGUAGCAGUCUGCAGACCUCUCAAUUACACUGCUGUCAUGCACCCUUCAUUUUGCAAGGUCUUAGCAGGAAUAGCAUGGCUAAGUGGAGUAGGAAACACUCUCAUCCAAGGAACUAUCACCCUUCGGCUUCCUCGAUGUGGACAUCACCAUCUGCACCACUUCUUAUGUGAAGUGCCCGCCAUGAUCAAGUUGGCGUGUGUUGACAUCCAUGCAAAUGAAGUCCAGCUUUUUGUGGCCACAUUAGUUCUCCUCCUUCUUCCUAUGGCAUUGAUCUUGGUCUCCUAUGGAUUAAUUUUGCACUCAGUGGUAAAAAUUAACUCAAUACAAGCUUGGCGCAAGGCCCUAGGGACAUGUGGUUCCCAUAUACUAGUGGUGUCUCUUUUCUUUGGGACCAGCUCAGCCAUAUACAUUCAACCAAAGAGAUCCUAUGGCCAUAGCCAGGGAAAGUUCCUUACACUCUUUUACACCAUCAUAACUCCCACCCUCAACCCCCUCAUAUAUACUCUGAGGAACAAGGAUGUGAAAGGAGCCCUGAGGAGAUUGCUGAGAAAAGAACAAAACUACUGA